AUGAUACCUUGCUCUUAUGAUGUUCGUCACAUGACGGACGAAAGCUUGGCACCUUUUCACCGGAAUCGAAGGAGAUUGCUUCGGAAACAGCGUCAACAUGAAUGCUACAGUAAAGCCAAUCGACAGCUUGUCAAGUGGAAUCCGUCGUCGUCUUCAGCUAGAAUCGACCUUCGAAUCUCUUCGCCAAACACUUUCACUCGAAAUGGAAACGAGAGAUUCCUCGAAACCCAACUUGUAUUCGCUUCUAUGGAUCAAGCGGAAUACCUGAACCAGGGAGAUAGGAGACGGAAGAGGAUUGCAGAUUAA